UUCUGUCUACAAGGAGCGUGGUAAAGAUGGCGGAGCCAAACUCAGUACCGAGUGAUCUUUAUAAAUGUGUUUAUUCGUUCCUGUUGGAGAACAAGUUCACCAAGGCAGCUCAGGAGUUCCUAAAGCAGACUAAAGUUAAUCCACAAGAUCAAAAUGAAGAAAGUCUCGUCAACAUCUACAGCUUCUGGGUGAAGUCUCCUGAAGCCAAGAAACGAAAAGCAGCUCCUAAUGAUCCGGGGUCUGUUAAUGGGCCAUCAGCCAAGAAAGCCAGACCCAGUGCAGAAAGCUCUAGCAGUGAGGACUCAAGCGACUCUGAGGAGGAGAAGACUCCUGCAAAGGCUCCUGUUAAGGCUGCUGCUGCAGCUGCUGGCAGCACGAGGAAGAAGGACAGCAGCUCCAGCAGCGAAGAGUCGGACUCUGAAGAUGAGCAGCCUACCAAAGCUCCUGCUGCCAAAGGUGUGACUGCAGCCAAAGCAGCGGUUUCUGCUAAAGGGGCAGCUCAGAAGAAGCAGGAGAGCAGCAGUGAAGAUAGCUCUUCUGAUUCUGAAGAUGAGCCACCAGCAAAGGCUCCCGCUAAGCCUACUCCAGUAAAGAAGGCUGCAGCUCCUGCUGAAUCCAGCAGUGAAGACUCAUCUUCAUCUGAGGAUGAAGCUCCGCCAAGCAAGAAACCCAAAGCAGGGGCAUACAGCGCCGUCCCUCCUCCUGCUUCCAUCCAUAAGGCUCCUGCUGCAGCGGCCGCCAGCAAAGCCAAGGCCAGUGAGUCCUCAGACAGCAGCGACGACAGCAGUGAUGAGGAAAAGAAGGUGGCUGCAAAACCUGCUCCUGUAAAGAAGACCAGUGCAAAACCUGCAUCGACCAAACCUCAGGCAAAAAAGGAAGAAUCCAGCUCGGAGAGCUCUGAUUCAAGUUCUGAGGACGAUGAACCAAAGAAGCCUGUGGCUAAAGCUACUCCGGCUAAAGCUACUCCGGCUAAGGCUACUCCGGCUAAGGCUACUCCGGCUAAGGCUACUCCGGUUAAAGCUACUCCGGCUAAAGCUGCUCCGGCUACAACAGAGGACUCUGAGGAGGACUCGAGCUCAGAGGAAGAGCAGCAGGUGAAGAAAAAAGCUGCAGCAAAGGUGCCUCCUGCCAAGCCUGCACCUGCUAAAACCUCUGCACCAGUUACUCCCGCUAAGGAGGAGGACUCCUCCUCCUCAGAGGACUCCAGCUCAGAGGAGGAACAGAAGACGGUUAAAAAACCAGUAGCCAAAGUUGUUCCUGCAAAAACUGUCACUACAAAAAAAGAUGAGACCUCCAGCUCCGAAAGCAGCUCUGAAGAUGAGGCUCCACCAAAACCACCCACUAAAGCUGCGACUCCAAAAGCCGCCACUGCUGCUUCUAAACUUCCAGCCAAGGCAGCAGAGAGCAGCUCAGACUCGGACUCCUCUGAAGAUGAAGAGCCUGCAAAAACCAAACCAACAACCCCUAAAGUGGCUACGCCGGCUUCAAAAUCUGCAGCGAAGGCUUCUGCUGCGGCAGAGAGCAGCUCAGCCUCUGACUCGUCGUCAGAAGACGAAGAAGAGCAAACCAAGUCAAAGCCAACAGCAGGAAAAGAUACUCCAGCCUCAAAGCCUGUUAAAACUGCAGUGAAACCUGCAGCUGCAGCGGAGAGCAGUUCUGACUCUGAUUCAUCUUCUGAAGAAGAAGCAGCCAAACCCAAACCUGCAGUGACUAAAGCAGCUACUCCAGCUUCAAAGGCUGCAGCUAAAACAGCAGCUGGAUCAUCAAAGCCAGCUGCUGCAAAACCUGCAGCAUCAGAGAGCAGUUCUGACUCUGAUUCUGAAGAUGAACCAGCAGUCAAACCCAAACCGGUAACUAAAGCGGCUACCCCUGCGUCAAAGCCUGCCACACCCACAGCGAAGGCUUCUACUCCAGCCUCAAAGCCUGUUAAAACUGCAGCAAAGCCUGCAGCAGCAUCAGAGAGCAGUUCUGACUCUGAUUCUUCUUCUGAAGACGAGGAGGCAGCCAAACCCAAACCUGCAGUCACUAAAGCAGCGACCCCAUCUUCAAAGCCUGCCACACCCACAGCAAAGGCUACUACUCCAGCCUCAAAGCCUGUUAAAACUGCAGCAAAACCUGCAGCAGCAUCAGAGAGCAGUUCUGACUCUGAUUCAUCUUCUGAAGACGAGGAGGCAGCCAAACCCAAAUCUGCAGUCAUUACUCCAGCUUCAAAGGCUGCAGCUAAAGUGGCUGGAGCCUCAAAGGCUGCUACACCUGCUAAAACAAAAAGCAGCUCUGAAUCUGAGAGCUCAGAGGAUGAAGCAGCCAAGCCUGCAGCCAAGAAACCGAGCCCAGCAGCUAAAGGUUCAAGCAAAGCUGCUGCAGGAAAAAAAGCAAAGGAGAGCAGCUCUGACUCCUCAGAUAGCUCUGACUCUGAAGAUGAGGCCCCGCCUGCUAAACCUGCAGUCUCCAACGGCAAAGCAGCAACUCCUAAGAGCACAACAGCAGCAAAGGUGGCAGGUAAGCCUGCCGAGUCCUCAUCCAGUGAGAGCAGCUCUGAAGAGGAGGAAGCCAGCAAAGUUAAACCUGCAGCAGCAAAGAGCAAGACGACCCCAGCAGCUAAAAGCAAAGAGAGCAGCAGCUCAUCAGACAGUUCAUCGGAGGAGGAGGAGGAAGCUCCACGUAAAGCAACCACUGCACCCAACACACCCACAGCUAACAAUACAAAUGGAAAGAGAAAGCGCAGUGAAGAGUCAUCAGAGAGCGAAGAUGAUAAAAAUACUCCAAAAAACAAGAAAGUGACCACAACGCCACAGACUUUCCCAAAAGCCAAUAAGAAGUCCAACGUACCCUUCCGUAGAAUAGUGGAGGAGCACGUAGAGGUUGAUCCCCGACUGGCAGAUAACUCAUUUGAAGCUAAGCGUGGAGCCAACGGAGACUGGGGACAGAAAGCUAACGAGACGCUAAAGUUCACCAAAGGAAAGUCCUUCCGCCACGAAAAGACGAAAAAGAAGAGAGGGAGCUACCGGGGCGGAGCCAUUUCCACCACAAUCAACUCUAUCAAGUUUGAAAGUGACUGAUCCCCUCCUGAUCCCAGUGAAACUGUGAACAGGACUGUGAUUUGGUCCUCCUAGGAACCAUCUGUCACCGCCACGUCUGAGGCGCUUCACCUGAGCGAGGAGUCUAGCUGGCACUUUGAUUUAUUUUCCUACCUUUAGGCAACAUUUGAUCAGAUUUAAGGUGAUGGAAAUCUUAGCAAUGAUGCAGAUGUUCCAUGCUGUGUCAUCAAGACUGCACGGUUCAUUUGUGUGAUGUUACUACUUAUGGCCACUAGGUGGCUGCAGGCCACCAGUUGAUAAAAUGGAGCCAAUGUUUGUCAUCUCUGGUUAAUUAACCUGUCCCUUCAUCCUGUAAACAUCCCGUCAUUUUCUUUAUGUAGGUUAAUUUGUCAGUUAGCUCGUGGUGAAUGACAGCCAUCCAACCUAACAAACUCAUUGUUUGGAGAAAAGACUGUAAUGAUCUUUUUUUUUUUUUCUUCCUCUUUGUUUAAAAUGGAUCUGAGGUAGCGUUCAAUUUUAUUUCUGAGUUUGAGAGGGGAAUAUUUGGGCUUUUUUUUCUCUUACAAUCACAGUAAACAUUAAAGUUUUAUAAGGUAUUUAUAGUCAAGUUUUAUUCCAUUUGGAUUAUCAGGACCAUUGACGUCUGCUCCAUAUUUUCUAAAGGAAAAUUUGCUUUGAUCCUGUUUUGAUGCAAGGACGCCCAUGUUAACCCCUCCCUGUUCUGUUCAUCAGUGAUAAUGGAGCCAUAUUUGUUUCAGUUUCCAUGUACUGUAUGAGAAUGUACGUACCACGAAUUUUUAUUCUAUCUUUAAAUAAAACCCUAGAAUAAAUGUUGGUGUCACGGGAUUAUUGUUACUCCCUGCUAAAUUGUCUGUACUGCUCAAAAUUUUACAAAUAUU